AUGAUGACGGCAGCAGCAGAGGCACAGGCCUUCUGGGACUUGCUCCCCAGCGUGGCCACAGCACGGAACAAGGAGGAGUUAGAGGGGAUGCAGGAGACGGCAGAAGCACCACUCCUUACCACCCCGCCCAACAAAAGGAGGAAAAGUCAGUCGCCGCGGUCAACGCGCUCUACCGGUACGGCAUCUACGGCAACGCCACCCAGUCGAGGCACCAGGACACAGCGGCCGGCCAAGAGGCAAACCAACGCGGACCUGGAGACGGCAGUUCGCUUGGUAGCCCAGAUGGCGAUCAGGCAAGAGGACCACUCCAACCUCACUCGGUCAGACCGGGCCUUUGUCCUACACAUGGCCAAUCAGACCCCGGGCAUCAUUGCCCCGUUCCUCAAAGUAACGAAAAGGUGGCAGGAGAUGCGAGAGGCCACCCCAGACCAGGUUCGGCUUCCUCUGAGGCUCGCAGAACUCCAGAACACGCCGGCGGCAAUGACUGCGGUCAGGAACCAAGGACGCCUCAAUGCCGAGAACCAGUGGAUCAUAGAGAAGUGGAGCCCUGCACUUCAGAGGUUGGUCAAGGACGAGCAACGUACUCCCAUGGACUUCGAUCGGACAGUGGAGCUCCUGGCCAAGUUGAAGGCCGGCUUCCAAGAGCCGGUCACACUUCUUCGAUGCCAUGCAACCCGGGCCAUCACGGAGAACAUGACCAAGCCGACCACGGUGUUCCUCAUCGAGGUCUCACUGCGGGGGGCCAAGGCGGACGAGCUCUACGACUGCGUCAGGCUGCUCUGUGGACAUUCGGCUUUGUCCCUCAUCGGAGCACAGCUUCGGCCGGAGGGCAUGAAGCGGAGCCCUGCUUGUCAGGAGCUGCAAAAGAUCCUGAACCGCCUUCGCGAUCGGUAG